AUGUCAUCUUUUGAUCUUGAAUCGUCAUCAGCAACGAGCCACCUCAACAGAGAAAACUCACAAAAUGCAAAGCCAGUUUCUCUAAGACGCUCCGUGGGCCUUCCGGAAGCCAUAGCGCUCCUCGUUGGAACAAUCAUCGGCUCAGGAAUCUUCGCCACACCAAAAUGGGUUUUGCUGUACGUGGGCUCUGUAGGAAUGUCUCUAGUGAUGUGGACUGUUUGUGGUUUGAUCGCUCUCUCUGGAGCUUUAUGCUACUGCGAAUUAGGAACUCUGAUUUCAAAAUCAGGCGGGGAAUACGCUUACCUGAUGGAAGCGUACGGUCCCCUCCCAGCCUUCCUUUGUUCCUAUAUAUACGUUCUUUUUGUGAAGCCCUCGAUGAUUAUGGUGCUAUUGGUGUUCGGUGCUUAUGUCAGCGAGCCGUUCUUCCCAGGUUGUGGAGACAGCGAACAUCUUGUUCCAUUGGUCAAAAUAUUAGCAGCCGCCGCAUUAGGUAAGAUGUUUUUUUCGACCAGUUUUUUUUUUCUUUUUUUUUUUCGAUUUUUAAAACGUUGUAAAAUUCUUUAUUCAAAUGCUCUCUUUGUUUGGCUAUUUUUUUUUCUGUCACGCAAAUUUUACGUGGCGACAGCAGAAAAUGUCUUUACUCACAAAAUGGAUCGCGUGAUGUCUUCUCCAAUACUAACAUCCCACGAACAGAUAGAUCAGUCUAGUUGAGCUUAAUAUGUAUAGAAAACUUUCAUAAUUUACGCAGACAGUUAUUUGAAAGCGAUUUUGUUAUUUUUCUUACUCACGCCCGUUUCAAAAGUCGUGCUCCUACCACGCUAAGCUUAAUUGAUACUGCAAGUAUUAAAUAACUUUAGAAUGAUUAAAUUUGACUGGUUUUAAUUAAAAAACAUCGCCGAGCGCAAUUCAUACAUUAUAAAUACUGGGGUCUGGAAAGGGGUUCCUGAUCCCUCAUCCCGAACUUCUGUCUUCGCUAUCUGGAUGUCGUGCCCAAAUUUUUGGCGAAUCCCGCUUCAAUAGUUGUGAAAUUCCGUAUCCCGUUAAGUCCCGUUAUUAAAGGCGUAUCCCGCACUGCAUUUUAGUCAAUUACAGGGCGGUGAUCAUUUUUCUUGUUGUUGAAUCUACAGGUGUUAUUACUUUCGUUAACUGUGCAAGCGUGAAAUGGGCUACUCGGAUGCAGAUUGUCUUCACUGCUGCUAAAAUGAUCGCUAUCGUGAUGCUGAUAGUGACUGGAUUGGUGCGCUUGGGGCAAGGUAAAAGACCGUAAAAAGCUUCCUCUUCACAUCUUCACUAGCCUACUACACAGCCGUUUUUAGUGUCGUCACGCAAUGCAGCGUUGCAUGACGACACUAAAACGGCUGUGUAGCAGACUACAUCUUCACUAGCCUAGCCCGAGAAAACAGCCGUCAUUUCGUGACGUCACCACUGGUUUUCCCUCCAAAUGACGUAUGAGGAACGAGCGCAGAAAUCCAUACUGAUGACGUGUCUCUACCCAGAUCUGAGUAGUGCUUCUGAUUGGUUGAAGCAAAUUUUCCUUGUGGCCUGACCAAUCAGAAGCACCACCCAGAUCUGGGUAGUGGCAGGUAGUCGGUAUAGAAUUUCGGCACCAAUCCCAACAAGAGCAAAAAUGAUACCCUAUUUGAGGAUCGAGACCCUCACUGAGCUCCACCAUCCAUCUAUCGGGAGGCACAAUAACACCCAACAACAACAAUAACUUUAUUAAUAGCAAUGAAAUAUACAUUAAACAUACACGCUACCUACAUUUAGAUAACGCGAUCAGGGGCGUGGCCAGCUUUUCGACUAGUUAUAGGGCUAUAGCUGAGUUUCAGUUCCUCAUAUGCUGAAAAUUGCACGCAUGACUAGUACACACUGACCUCACCAACACUUUGAGCUCUUAAGCUUUUUACCUCACCCCAACAAAGCAUAAUUUAUUACAAGCGGUAGAUCGAGUUAUCAAACCAAAAAUUUGUAGGCCCAGACCUACAGGUCUAUGGGCUGGUUACGCCCCUGGCUAUUCGAAGCAGGCAGUGUGGGUACUCUACAUACGUGAACUGAUACACUUUAAGACAUUUUACAAAGAAACUAAAAGAGAUUUACAACAUCAAGGAAAAAGAGGUUAAAAAGAAUAAUAAUACGAAUGAAUAAAUAUGUAAAUAAGUAGAUAAAUAAAGUUUACAUACUGGCAUUGGAUUAAGAUCAGCAUGUGCAUAACUAUCCCAGUGCCCGAUCCAGGGGAGGGGACCGCCCCCCCCCCCCCCCCCCCCCCCCCCACCCCCCCCCCCCCCCACCCCCCCCACAAAACAUUUCUACACCCCCCCCCCCCCCCCCACCAACCCGCCCACGCCUCUAUGCUCACCCCCCCACCUCCCCCCCACCCCCCCAACACCACCCCCCCACCCUCACUUUUUUGACAACAUGUGAGGGCCAGGGAUGUAGUAAUAUUUUUUUUUGAACUCCCGGCCUCCUUUUCUUUUUGAAGGUCCUGCGGCAGCCCCCCCCCCCCCCCCAUCUCAAGGUCUGGUCCCGGCAGUGUAUCCUGUCUUUGAAGACCCCUCAAAUGGGAGUAACACUCGGCGUUCAGGCGGUGAACCUGAUAUUAAAGCUCUAUAAUAUCAUGAGUUAGCCAAAAAUAUAACAGCAUCCUUUAAACAAACCGUAUAUUUGUUUGUCCAGACUAAUCGUAUUAUGGUAUUUCUAAAGGAUAUACUUCAUCACUGGCAAAUGGAUUCGAGGGGACAAGCUGGAAUAUUGGAAAACUCUCCUUCGCAUUUUACAACGGCUUAUUUCCCUACGAUGGAUGGUGAGUGAUACGAAAGUCUCCUUCCUUUUUAGUUAACUUUUAACAUUUUGAGACGAUAGUCUGAUAUGAAAAAUUGUGGAAAUAGUAAUUUUAACCAAAAGGACGUUUUAGUUGUAAUCGUUUUGUAGUAAACUGGCCUUAAUACAGUGUCUAUACUAGUUUCACACUCUGCAAGCCAAGGCAGGUGAAUCGCUCAACCUUCUAUACCUAACAGAACUUUUUCCUCGACAGGAAUCAACUGAACUUUUUCACCGAGGAGAUAAAGAAUCCCAACCGGUUAGUAAGACAACUGUAACACACGACUAAGAACUAAGAAAGGCUGGGUUACAGUCAACAUGCAACUCGGAAGUUUUAAUUCAUUUUAUAUUCUUAAUUGGUUACAUCACGAAAUCAUUAUUGGCCUUCCCCUCCAAAUUGGCUCGACUCACUCAACUGGAUUGAACAUAACGUCCGUUCAUCGUAAAGGGAAUGGUUCGAUUCCCUGUCAUGCCUGAAUUUUUUCAGGUGUUUUUUUUAACGGCUUAGGUGGAUGAUUAACUGGUACGAAGAUCGCGUGUACUUACAUGCAGUCAACCCAAGAUUCGUUUCGCAAUUCACUUAUAAGCAAUAACGUUGUGAAAUGUUUGUAACAAUGUAUAAAAUAAAGUAUAGGCCCUCCGUAUGUUGACUGUGAUAUUGGUGAAAGUUUUUGAAGAACCAGUGAAAUAGUCGAUCCAGGAAGAAACCACAAGUCAAAGUAGAGAACUCGUCACAAGCACAUGGAGAUCCCUCUACGGUUAUCUAAGUUUAUAGAAAUACGUGGAAGAAGAAACUUUUUCCAUGUUAAAGAUUGUUUUACCAUGUUUUUUUUUUUUUUUUGCAAGAAACCGACUAGGCUUGAUACUGCGUCGGGCUGAUUGCUCUCCCCUCUUCGCUAAAAAGGGUCAUUUUGCAGUUAUUUUGAAAGUUUAUUUGUUUCAUUUCUUUCAAGAAACAUUCCGCUUUCCAUCUGGAUGGGAAUUCCACUAAUCACAAUAUGUUAUUUGUUGGUAAAUAUUGGAUAUGUCACAGUUUUGACUCCCCAAGAAAUUGUGAAUACGGACGCUGUUGCUGUGGUAAGCUAAUAGUCUUGUGCUUUUCUUAAAACAACAAAUUACACGAUGUUACGAUUCAGAACAGAAGGAGCAUGUCCCAAAUGUUUACUAAUUAAAAAUUAAAAAUCUCUUAAAUUUUAUUAUUAUUAUUAGCAUAUCUUGAAUUUAAGCACGAAACUUGACGCAAAACGGGUGAAAAAUCAGGGGCGCUCCCCGCCCGAGCAAACGUAGGGCAAAUUGAUCAUUACGUGAAAACUAUCCAUGCGCGGUUUUCGGAUUCCGCUGUUCGUAGUUUCGGCCUUUGACCGAAGACGUGUCGACCUGCGGCCGAUCCUGAAACAACCCGCUUCGAGUGAGAAUAAACCUCCGGUAUCCAGGGUACGUGAAAGUACGCAACUGACGUUAAAAGAUUGCAGCUGACGAAAACGUAACGGAGAAGGUAGGUAGAUGCUGUGUCGCCGAGGUCUCCAAACCCCAACCGUAUGUUUAAGACAAAAAUUGCUUAUUUCGCUACCGUGUUAAAGACCGGAGACACUGCUUUCUGCCCUAGAUUUGUUUUGCUUUCCACUGAUACAGAAUUAACUAAUGUUUCACACUAAAAUCAUGGGAAUAGAUAUUUGGGUAAAAAAUUAUUGAUAUUGCAAGUGUAUACCGCUCAUCGCAAGUCCUCACACUCUUUGAAAGGCGUCCAUUCCAAGGCUUCCACUUACCGUUUUGUUUUCUCAACAGAUCUUAGCUAAUCGUUUAUACGGAGUUAUGGCUUGGACUAUUCCAAUUCUUGUGGCUUGUUCAACUUUUGGUACUGCUAAUGCAAAUGUUUUCGCAGGCGGAAGGUAAUAUAGUUUAUAAUGAUGCUGAUAAUCAUCAUCAUCACAACAAUAAUGAUGAUGAUGACUACAACGACGACGAUGAUAAUAAUAAUAAUAAUAAUAAUAAUAAUAAUAACAACAAUAAUAAGAAGAAGAACUGUACGACCUUCGAAAAUAAGGGUGAUUAUAAAUAAACAAUGUCUUUUCAACAAGAUAAUCAGUGCAAAGCCUAUUGCGCACUUUAAAAAAAACAACAUAUCUUUGUGUGUUAACUAUACCAAGUUUCUUCAAGUCUUUCCGUAAGCUUCUGACGAAGCUUGGUAAUAGAAUUUACCGUCUUCUCUCGUGUGUCAUAAGUUAUGUAAUUCACUCUGACGAUGACGGAUGUACCAUCGCACUAUUUUUAAAAAUUUAUGUAACUCCCCUUUUUCAGACUGGUGUUUUCUGCCGCGAGAGAGGGACAUCUUCCUAAGUUUCUCGCCAUGAUUCACACCAAGAGACGGACACCUCUUCCUGCAGUGGUAUUCUCGGUAGGUUCCCCCGUCCUUACACCGCAUGAAGGAUACGUUCCGAGGGAAUCAGUAGAAACCUUUAGAUUCUAAGACGAGUACGACUACGAGUACGAGAUUUUCUUAGUACUAAGUAGUGAGUGCGCGUGAACCAAAGUCAUUUGGGCGGGAAAAAGUGGUACCCGUCGUCAUUCUGCUACGGUCUCUGCUACGAAUUUUAGCGCGAAUGUCGUCGUGGCGAAAACAAAAUAUCAAAUGUUAGAAGUUUUAUCAUUUUGCGAUCCGGAGAGCUCGUAAUCUCCUUCACUAAAGAUAACAGUUCAGAGAAACAGUGCUAACUUUUCUAGUGAAAAUGGUAAAACGAAAAUUUCCGGGAAAUCUUUAUUUUGAGAAUACGCGAAAAAACUUUAAGUCUAAUCUCGUAUUCCUAGUUGUCCUCGUCCUCGAAUCUAAAGGUGAUGUUUCACGAGAGGAUUCGCAACGGCGAUUUUUAGCGCAACACAUCGUUGCAACAUUGUUGCGACAUUGCCGUCGUCCCGUUAAGUUACUUAAGCCCCCUACCGUGCAAACGGACGCAACAUCGUUGGCCAACGACUCCUAACAUUGUUUGAUGUUGCAUGUUGCGUCCGUUCGUACACCCUGUUGUAAGUUGUUACGCGUUGCAUUGGCAGUUUUGCGCAAAGUUUGAAACCGGUCAAACCUUUGGGCCAACAAAUCCCAACAUUUCUUUUGUUCCGUGAUGGCUGAGGCCAUGUGAAUAAUCUAUUCUCUCUUGCCGAACCUUAGCGCAACAAAGUUGCAUCUGUUUGCACAGUUCUUCCUACAAUGUUGUAGACUGUUCACAGUCCCCUAUUUUUUCGUGAGAUCGUUUAGAUAUACCUCGUCCUACCGUCACUUCAAAUGUACCGAGGGGGCGGGCGUCGCUUCCUCCCAAACCGCCCCCAUCCCCUAAGUAGUUUUGACGCUCAUGCAAGAUGGCAGCCCGUAACGCAAAGCGCUCCAUCUCGAUGAUCUUACGGAAAAAUAGAGGACUGUGAACAGUCUAACAAUGUUGGAGCUACGCAUGCGCAUUACAAAUAUUCUCCAAAGUCUUUUGGGUUGUACCCUUCCCUCGAUGCACUGCAGGUACUGGCAUUGUUAGGAGUUGUUGACGUUGUUGUAUCAGUUAGCACACCACUGCCAACAAGGGCGCAAAAACUGCCAACAUUGUUGCUCCAACACUGAUGUUGGGAGUUGUUGCGUUCGUUUGCACGAAGUUUAACCAUUUCUACAGGAUCACCCCAAACUUUUUUCCUCAUUGUUUUUCCUUUUGAUUGUUUUACUAGAGCAUUAUUUCAUUGCUGAUGUUAAUACCUGACUCUACGUCCUUCGAAUCACUGUUGAACUACUUUAGUUUCUUUGGUUGGCUGUCUUAUGGACUUACCAUCUCCAGUGUCAUCUGGUUUAGGUACAAAAGACCUAAUGACAGGAGGCCAUACAAGGUACGUACUCCCACCCCCUAAAGUAAAACCUACAACGGUAGCGAGAGUUUAAAAUGACGGUCGAAGGUAUGCCGGCUACUUUUUCCCUAUAAUGAAACUCUAGCUUGACAAAAUUGGUUACUUGAAAAAAGUAAGUGCUACAAAGGAACUAAGAGAUAACACUCAGUAGGAUUUAUGGUUUAUUUGGUUCUCAGGGUUAUACAGGACAACAUCAUUUUUCCCAUCAUUUUUCUUCCCUAAAGAAAUAAGUAUUACCAAAACUGUCAUUAAGCUACGUAGAUUCUUUUACCAUCUGAACCCCCCAAGUGCGUCGAAAGCAUUCUCGUCCCCAGGGCUCUCUCGCCCCUCCCAUUUUCUCGGGGAAAGCCCUGGGGACAAUGUUGAUAAACCGUGCAAAUUUCCCGCCUUUUUCUAUGCACAAUUGGCCAUUUCCGAAUUCCAAACACUCUCACCUUCAUAACGAGGCCAAGUGCAUUAUUUGCUAAGAAUAAAAGAUUAUUUUCAGAACAAUGACUUCCUAUUUCGCCUUGCUUUGGAACAGGGGCCUGGAGUGAUUCGGAAAUGGCCUAUUAAUUGAUCCAUUUUCUUCUUCCAUAGGUAUGGAUAGGAAUUCCUAUUUUCAUGGUGCUGAUUUCUGCGUACUUGGUCAUUGCACCCAUUUAUGAGGCGCCACUGGAAUCCCUUUUCUGUGUAUUGUUCCUGUUAUCUGGUAUACCGCUGUACUUAAUAUUUGUACGCUGUAAGAAAGUUCCAGUGAAUUUUCUUCGCUUUGUGGGUAAGUUUGUUUUACGUGUCUUAUUAUACUCAGUUCUCAGUGACCACUGAGGGGCAAAAACGAGCGAGCUGGCAAAAGAAGUUGUUAUAUCCUGAGAGCUUCGUUUUGCAUGGGUGGGCCCACAUAAGCUGUCUUGCGUUGUGGGACUGCUCCUCCGAGAAAAGGGAGCUUUAACAACGACGACGCCGACGGCAACGACAACGGCAAAAAAGCAAUAGGUUCAAUUAGCAAAACAACAACUUUGCACGCGCAUCACACUUUUUUGUACAUUUCUCUGCUGUCACUGCACUACUAUGAGGUGAAAAUGCCUAAUUUCACGUUUUAUAGAGAACGUAAACAAGGAAGGACGAUUUUUUCUUUCCCUUUCUAAACCGGUCCGGUCCCCAAGAAAUCAACUCCGGGGAAACUCUAGUCUAAUUCUCAGACGUCCGAGGUCGUUAGGGACCGCGAACGACCUCGGACGUCUGAGAAUCAGGCUGGGGAAACUCGCCCACAUUUCACAUUUUCAGUGAAUUGGAAUAAACGCGACAAAGUUUGAAAAAACGCGAGUCAUUUUAAAAGUGACGUUUUCGCAGCCGUCGCCGUCGUCGAUGCUAAAACUCCCUUAUUGUGGCGGAAGGUUCAUUUCGUGUGUUUUGGUUGUUUUAUUCGACUGUUUUUCAGGUCUUCCAGCCAGGUCAUGGCGAUUUGAGAUUGUGUAGUUCUAGCUGCUAAGUGUAAACGCCGCUUUCGUCACUGUUCACAGUCCAUUUGCGGAUCUCACAAAGCUCUAAUUUUUUUUCUUUUCUUAGAUCGUGUUACUUUCAAGUUGCAGAAGAUCUGCGAUGUAGUAUUUCCAGAGAAUGAAGAUGACUUUGUUUCGCUUUAA